AUGGCACAUGGACUUCUUGAAUCAGCAAACCAAAAUGAAGAGCUGGAAGAUAUUGGGUCGCGCUAUUUUCAGGAGCUGGGGUCUAGAUCUUUUUUUCAAGAUUUUGAGGUUUAUGCUGGCAUAUGGAUUACAUGUAAAAUGCAUGAUCUAGUACAUGAUCUUGCAUUAUCAUUGACACAAAAUGAAUUUUUAGCAAUAACCUCAAGCACCACACACAUCUCACACAAUGUUCGCCAUUUGCUAUUUCCCAACUUCACUUCACUUCCCCAAGAUCUUUCCACCCUUUUACAAGGUUUAGACCGUGUGCGAACUGCCAUAAUCCAGAGUGAUGAAAAGAGUCCUAGCAGCCAAUCAAACUUGGAUUCAUAUUUAUUGAGAUUUCAAUAUUUGCGAAUGUUGGAUUUGGCUCAUUCCAAAUUAGAAAUAUCACUAGAUUGGAUUGGUGCUCUAAAGCAUUUGAGAUAUUUGCGCAUUUUUUUCUGUAAAAAGCUUCCCAAUUCCAUUUGCAAGUUAUACAAUUUACAAACUUUACUAUUAUGUGAAGGUAUUGAGGAGUUACCUAGUGAUAUAAGGUACUUGAUCAAUCUUAGAGUUCUACAGUUUUCCACAAAGCAGAAGUGUUUGCCGAUGAAUGGAAUAGGGUGCUUGACAUCUCUUAGAUUUUUGGGCAUUGCUAUAUGUGAAAACUUAGAACACUUGUUUGAAGAUAUGCAAGGCCUCAAACAUCUUCGAACCCUAGUUAUUUAUGGUUGUAAAAGCUUAAUCUCUUUGCCUCAAAGCAUGAAGUACCUCACUGCAUUAGAGAUUCUAGCUAUUGGCAAUUGUGAAAACCUCAAUUUGACAUGGGAGGAGAAAGGAAAAAGUGAUAAACACUUGGCUCAAUUCAACCUUCAAAAGCUCACACUUGCGAAGUUACCAAAAUUGAAUAUAACAUCUCUCCAACACUUGGAGAUUAAAAAUUGUGAUGAAUUGAGUGAAAGAUGUGAACGUGAAAAAGGUGAAGAUUGGUCCAAGAUUGCUCAUAUUCCUAAACUUGUUAUUAACGGUUCUGACAUUGAUUCACUAGUUGAUUAG